AUUGAAUAGAACAAUAUGCAAUAUAAACAAUAAAAAAUAUGAGUCUAAAGUUAUAUAGCACAUGUAUUAGUAUAUAAUAAAAUUUCGGAUUUUUCUUUCGGCCACCACCGAAAUUACCGAAAUUUCGGCAAAAUUUCGCCGAAAUUUUGAACCCUGUCGUACAUAUCGGAUAUUCCGGAUCCGCAUCCGGAUGCGUGCUCCGAUCGCUAUAAAUUCCCCAGCGGCCGCCCACCCGCAAGCGCAAGGCAAACCGCAACGCAAUUCAAUCAACAAAGCAAUCGAAGCAGCAACCCCCGCCGGCGAGGCAAAGUCGAGUGCAAUGGCGAUGGCACCGUCCGCAGCAUGCAGCGCCGUCUCGUUCCCGGCCUCCCCGGCGGCAUCGGCGUCCUCGGCCCGGCCCCGCGCCGCCGGGGCGGCGAAGGGCGGCGGCAACGGCAAGUGGUGGGCGCCGCUGCUGGGUUGGUCGGGAAAGGCCGACUACCUGGAGGCCCCGGCACCGGCGCCGGUACCGGUGGCGCAGGACGAGGCGGCGCGGAGGCAGUUCGUGGGGGUGAUGACGGAGGAGAAGGCCCGGGAGCUGCGGGUGCGGAUGGCGCAGACGGAGUCGUUCCACGACGCCAUGUACCACUCCGCCAUCGCGUCCCGCCUCGCACGCUCCGCCUAGCGGGUGGUGUGCGCGCAGCGGCGGCGCCGCCGCAGCUCUGUGUGUACAUAUAUAGUUUGUCAUUAGCUGCUCUCACUGUUGGUGGAGGAGGGGAGAUUGAACGGAAGAGCAAGUGGAUCUGGGUUUUUUUUUUA